AUGGUGGUGCACCAAAUCGGAGAAGCUGGGACAAGUGUGCAUGAUUGUGAGAGGGGAAAGAAUCAGGAUUUUUGGACAGGAAAGCUGAUGCCUCCUCAGACGGCCUCUUCGCCAGCCUCGCGGGAGUCGAGCGAGGGAGGGACGCCCUCCUGGGCCACCUCGGACGACGACGACGACGACGCCUUCGCCUCCUCCUCUCCCUCACGCGCCGCCGCCGCGGCCCGCCCGCCCGCCUCUCCCGGUCCGGGCCUGCUUGUCCCGGAGGGCGCGGGGGAGCGGUCGGCCCGCGGCGGAGCGCCCUGCGAGGGAGGCAGCUCCUCCAAGGCCAGAAGCCGUCGAGGCCGCGGCAAGGGCAAGGGCGACGGUCUCGGGGUGAGCAGGGCCAAGCGGAGCCGCCGCAUGAAGGCCAACGACCGCGAGCGCAACCGGAUGCACAACCUGAACUCGGCCCUGGACGCUCUGCGCGGCGUCCUGCCCUCCUUCCCCGACGACGCCAAGCUGACCAAGAUCGAGACGCUCCGCUUCGCCCACAAUUACAUCUGGGCGCUCACCGAGACCCUCCGCCUGGCCGACCAGAGCGCGCUGGCCCGACCGAGCCAGGAGGCCGCCGCUUUCCCAGCGCUGGACGGCUGCGGUGGCAACCCCGAAGGCAACCCCGUCGCCUGGCUCUGUCCGUGGGACUCGCCCGGCUCGCAAGGGAGCAGCCUCAGCCCGAGUGACUCUGCGGAGGAGGCGCGCCCUUUUCGCCCGCCCUGUCUCAAGCUCCCGAUCCAGGCGGCCUUUCCGGACUUCGUCUGA